CAUUCCUGCUUCAGCUUCCGCAAGCUCUGGGCCUUCACGGGGCCAGGCUUCCUGAUGAGCAUUGCCUACCUGGACCCUGGCAACAUCGAGUCUGACCUGCAGUCAGGGGCUGUGGCAGGCUUCAAGCUGCUCUGGGUGCUGCUGCUGGCGACCAUCAUCGGGCUGCUGCUGCAGCGGCUGGCGGCCAGGCUGGGGGUGGUGACCGGGCUGCACCUGGCGGAGGUCUGCCACAGGCAGUACCACAAGGUGCCCAGGAUCAUGCUCUGGCUGAUGGUGGAGUUGGCCAUCAUCGGCUCCGACAUGCAGGAGGUCAUCGGCUCGGCCAUCGCCAUCAACCUGCUCUCCAUGGGCAAGAUCCCGCUCUGGGGGGGGGUGCUGAUCACCAUCGCUGACACCUUUGCCUUCCUCUUCCUGGACAAAUAUGGCCUGCGGAAGCUGGAGGCUUUGUUUGGCUUCCUGAUCACCAUCAUGGCUCUGACCUUCGGCUACGAGUACAUCACUGUCAGACCUGACCAGGGGAAGGUGCUGCAGGGCCUCUUCGUCCCCUACUGCCACAACUGUGGCACCCCCCAGCUGGAGCAGGCUGUGGGCAUCGUGGGGGCUGUCAUCAUGCCACACAACAUGUACCUGCACUCUGCCCUGGUCAAGUCGCGGCAGGUGGAGCGCGGCAGCCGCCGGGCGGUGCGGGAGGCCAACAAGUACUUCUUCCUCGAGUCCUGCAUCGCUCUCUUCGUCUCCUUCAUCAUCAACGUCUUCGUCGUCGCCGUCUUCGCGGAGGCCUUCUACGGCAGGACCAACGCCGACGUGAACGCUGUCUGUGUCAACUCCAGCAGCCCUCACUCCUCUCUCUUCCCUGUCAACAACCAGACCCUGGAGGUGGACAUCUACAAGGGGGGUGCUGUCCUGGGCUGCUACUUUGGCCCUGCUGCUCUCUACAUCUGGGCCAUUGGGAUCCUGGCUGCUGGGCAGAGCUCCACGAUGACAGGGACCUACUCUGGGCAGUUUGUCAUGGAGGGCUUCCUCAACCUGCGCUGGUCUCGCUUCGCGCGGGUGCUGCUGACUCGCUCCAUCGCCGUCACCCCCACGCUGCUGGUGGCCAUCUUCCAGGACGUGCAGCACCUCACCGGCAUGAACGACUUCCUCAACGUCCUGAUGAGCCUGCAGCUGCCCUUCGCCCUCAUCCCGGUGCUGACCUUCACCAGCCUGCCCGGCGUCAUGCACGACUUCGCCAACGGGCUGUUCUGGAGGGUCGCUGGGGGGCUGCUGAUCCUCCUCAUCUGCUGCAUCAACAUCUACUUCGUGGUUGCCUACGUGCUGGCCCUGGGCCACCUGGCUCUCUACGUCGGGGCUGCCAUCCUCAGCCUGCUCUACCUGGCCUUUGUGGCCUACCUGACCUGGCUGUGCCUGGUGGCCCUGGGGCUCUCCUUCCUGGCCUGCGGCACCACGCAGUUUGGCUUUGCCGCCCGCCCGGAGCUCUUCCUGCUCAACGAUGUUGACUCAGAGGCCUCCACCCCCAGAUGACCCAAGGGGGGAGACCCCUCCUGACCACAGCAGCGCCCCCCAGCGAGCCUGGCACGCACCGGGGACCAAGCAGAGCCUGG